AUGCUUAGACAAUUUACCAGAUCAGCAGUUGCUCGUCAAAGUGCAAGAUUUGCUAGAACUUACUCAACAAGAAGCUCUGCCUCCCAGACUCAAUUCAAUACAAAAUUGGCUGCUGGUGCAAUUGUACCAAUAGCCAUUACCAUUGGAUACUUGUCAUGGUCUAACUCGAUCCACAAUGAAACAAUCUUAGGAGUAGCGGAUAAAAUUGGAGAAAAUUUUGAGGAGACUGCUGCCGCCGCUGAAAAGCAUCAUGAAAAGUUUAAAAUUGAACAACAGCAAUUGCAAAAACAAAAAGGCGAGGAUGAAGUUGCUGACAUUGAAAAAUUAAAGACCGAUUUGACAAAAAAGACAGGUGCUCUCGACAGUAAAGAUGUUUCUGCAGACUCAUCAACUGGUAAACAAGCUGCUGAGAAGUUGGACUCAGAUAUCAGUAGACAUGAAGCCAGUGACCCAGAAAAAGUAGAAAAGUCUCAAGAAAACAAGGAUGCUCUCGCUGAUAAAUCGAAAGGGGAUGCCUCAGAAAAGAAGGAAAAGGCACAGAAAUUGGAAGAAAAGACAAAUGACUUGAAGCUGGGUGACAAAUCCGACAAGUCUACCGACAAGAACAACGCUUCUGAUAGUUCCCAAGAAGACAACCAUCAAGGUGCGGCUUAUAACCCAGAAACAGGUGAGAUCAACUGGGAUUGUCCUUGUUUGGGUGGAAUGGCACAUGGUCCAUGCGGAGAAGAAUUUAAAGAAGCAUUCUCUUGUUUCAUUUACUCUGAAACUGAACCAAAAGGCAUCGACUGUAUCAAGAAGUUUGAAAACAUGAGGACUUGCUUCAAGAAGUAUCCAGAACAUUAUAAAGAAGAGUUGUUUGAUGAUGAUGAUAAAGAGAAUAGCACUGAAGUUGUCGAGCAUGAAGUUUUGGAGACUGCUGAACCAGCCGUGAAGGAGAUUGAACAAGCAACUGAAGCAAAAGCUUCUAAGUAG